AUGGAGGCAGAAGGCCCUCAGUGCACCGGUCCCAUGGACAAUGGUACCGGUUCCACCGGUCUCCGCAUCGGCGCCAUCUUCAUCAUCUGGGCCACUUCCACCGCUAUGACCCUCUUUCCCGUCCUCACACGUCGCGUUCCAAGGCUACACAUCAACAAAGAGGCUUUCGACUUCGCCAAGUACUUCGGCUCCGGUGUCAUCAUUGCUACCGCCUUUAUCCACCUCUUGUCACCAGCAGCAAGUGAUGAGGAGCUCGGAUCGCCAUGCCUCAACGAAAACUUCCAGAACUACCCCUUCGCUUUCGCAUUCGCCAUGAUCGCCAUGUUUGCCGUCUUCGUCGUCGAGGUCGUAGCUUUCCGAGUCGGUAGCGAGUACGCUCAAAAGCUCGCCUACGACCCUCACGCCGGUGGGCAUCAUCACGCCAUGGAGCACGGCGGCAACCCCAACCACACUCACAUCCACAACCAUGCGCCAGUCAAGACACACUCCUCGGACGAUGUCGAGAAUGCCGCUGUCCCUGCAGGCGCUGUCACUGCCGCCGAUACCAAGAUGGUGGCCGACUCGGACUCGUCUGUCGACACAAAGGUGGCUUUGAGCACGCAAGCAUCCGAGAUCCUCGGCGUCAUGAUCCUCGAGUUUGGCGUUGUCUUCCACUCGAUGAUCAUUGGUAUCACGCUCGGCACAACAACCGACUUCACCGUUCUCUUUAUCGUCAUCAUCUUCCAUCAGAUGUUCGAGGGUCUUGGUCUCGGUGCUCGUCUCGCCUUCCUCCCCAUCGCCAAGUCUUGGAUCCCGAUGCUCGGCGCCGUUCUCUAUGGUCUCGUCACACCGAUCGGCAUUGCCAUUGGCCUUGGCGCGCGCCGUACCUACAACGGCGACUCGACCACCGCUGCCCUAGUCACCGGCACGUUCGACGCCGUCUCGGCGGGUAUCCUGCUCUACACGGGUACUGUCGAGCUGCUCGCACACGAGUUCAUCUUCAACGACAAGAUGCGAACAGCUCCCCUCCGCAAGGUCAUCAUCAGCAUCCUCGAGAUGCUCACCGGUGCCGGUAUCAUGGCCCUUCUCGGUCGAUGGGCAUGA